AACGCACCCAUUACCCGUGGACGUAGAUAAAUGUGAAUAAACGUUGGUGACGUUAGUAUACAGAUGAGCGCAUUGAAGUUGAGGUUAUAACGAUUAUUCACUCGCAUUCGUUAUGAAGGAAAUUCUGUACCUGCUUUUUAUUUUUGCUAAUUUACGCGAACAAUACGUAAUUGCGGAACAUGAAGAGGAUGUGUCUACAGAUCUAUACGUAAUCGAGGGAAAAGUAUUUCCCUGGGACAACGCUGCUUCCAGUGGAUGGCAGCUCAUGACGCAUGUAAUGGCUAACGGUGGUGAACAUUAUGGCUUUUUGAGGGAAGAUGGCACAUUUAUAAUUUCGAAUGUACCAUCGGGAUCGUACAUGAUCGAAGUGGUAAAUCCAAAUUAUGUUUACGAACCAGUCAGGGUGGAAAUUAAUUCUAAAGGAAAAUUCCGAGCUCGUAAAGUAAACUUGAUACAAACAUCGCAAGUGAUUCAAGUACCUUAUCCGUUGAAAAUGAGGCCUUUAGCACCGUUCCGAUACUUCCAAGUUAGAGAGCAAUGGCGGAUGACAGACUUCUUAUUCAAUCCUAUGGUUUUAAUGAUGGUUUUGCCACUUGUACUGAUUAUGAUCCUGCCAAAAAUUAUGAACGACCCUGAAACUAGAAAGGAAAUGGAGCAAUUAAAUAAUCUCACUAUUUAUAAUAUGCCAGAAAUGUCUGAAGUGAUAACAUCUUUUCUUUCCGGAGGAGAGAAGCAAAAAUCAAAAGCUGUAAAAGCUGCUAAGAAAAGACAAUAAUUGAUCUAUUUAUUGUCUGUAGAUGAUUGUAUGUACAUGUUUACUCUAGUCGUUAAAAUAUAUAAGGAUAUCGACAACAAAAGCAGGACACCCUUGGGAAAAAGAAAAAUGUUCCGAUUGCUUGAAUAUUGUGUAAGAUUAUGAUGGUUAAUGUACCAAGUCUUUAAACUACAAGUUUGAAAAUGUCAAUAUAUAAUUAGUUUCUUGUAGUUUAAUGAUAGUAAUUUGAAAAGUAAUUUUGCAUUUUGCUACAUGUAUGCAAACAAGGGAACGAUAAAACAUCAACAGUGUUUUAAUUUACUAUUAGUUCUGGUGCAUAAUUGUGUGCAUAUACUUGAACUCCAAGUUAUGUAAGACGGUGAAGGAAAUUUUAUAGAAUAAGUAGAAGAAAACUGAUAUAUGAUGUAUAAUAUCAGUCACGACAAUGAUAUGUAUGUAAUAUAAUUGUUUCACUUUAUAUGAUAAUGACAGUCUUGCUACUCUUUCUUACACUGAUCCCUUGCUACGAGGGUUAUAUUAAUUCUGUCUUAUAUAAAAUAUUGCAGUUUCCAUACUGUUACAAUUUUGUAAAUCAUAAAGAAACAAGUAUUUGUAAUAUCAUAAAUAAAUAACAACUGUAUCAAUCCA